CGUGCAGGCAGAGACGCAACCAAGACGCUGUAGUAUAUUCUGACAACAACAACAGCAGCGCGCGAUCUCGAUACGCAGUUUUCCAGAAUUCCCGUGAAUUAUGCUAAUCCACCUACUGCUCCUGGUCGCCUUGCUUCUGCUGCCUGGUUCAAACCAAAGAAGCUUAAAUGCGGAUCAUCUUCAACGCAAGAAUGAAACGACACAGGAAGGCGCUAAAUCGGUAGGUGACGUGAAGGUAUUUGGCCAUUGCUUUGAUUCUAAACAUUGGUGAAUGGUGAGAAAUCGCUAAAGGGCAGUAGAUUGUGCUCAACUUCACAAAUGUUGAAAAUUAUAGGAGUAAGAAAAUUAACGCACAUCAAUUACAUGCCACCAAAUACGUACAAGACUACAAGAUAUAACAUAAAUAAUAGUAAUGAAGGCAAUUUUCUGUCGAGUGCGGUUCACCACAAUCCAAUAUUGUUGAAAGCUUAUGAGGAGAAUUUGUUGGUAAAAAUUCAGGCAAUGCUGUGUCGACAAAAUCUGUCGAAAGAGGGGACUGUUAAUACUUUCUAUAUUGGCGGUCAAAAUCACGAAGUCCUGAUAAAUAUAAACAAAUAUUCAUAGUACACGCAUGCAUGCUAUAUUGGAAUGCUGCACAAGUUCUAUAAGUGCAUAAUUGAGUAGUUGCAGUAUAUGUUGGUAUUUUCCAAUAAGCGUUAAGCAAACUUACACUACACAAUUUUUGCGCAUACACUCUGCUUAUACAACUUGAAUUGUGCUGUGUAAAUCAAGCGCGCAGGACUCAUCUACGUACGACAACGUAGCCCGUCGUAGGCGAGUAAUUGUGUGCUUGAUUCAUACAGUAGCUACAACUCAAGUUGUAAGCAAGUUGCAUGCGACAGUUUUAGGCAAACAUGAAACGUUGUGUGUUGUAAAUCGGCCUUUACUGUUGAGCAUACGAUAACAGUGAACUUGAGAAAUGUCGAUAGUUAUAAAGAGGAAGUAAACAAAACUGGUUCUCUCGGCACUAUAUAUUUCACAGACUAUUGCAUACAGUGAAAAUAAUUAACAUUAUUUCCGUUAUUAUUUAUCACGUUGAUAACUGCAGACGGACCACCAUCUGUUGCAUAGGGGUUUUAGAGUGAAACCCAGUAGGCAAUUAUGACAAGCCGAAAAUUUGUUUUGAUUGAUAUUUUCGCAUGGUCAUAUGACUUGAAACAAGCCCAUUAUACCAACCAUGAAUUAUGAACUAAUGCGUGCUGUAAAAAUAAACAAAAUGUAUUGCUGAAUUUUUGUGCGAAGACGAAAUUUGUGAAUACUUAGACAAGAGUUAGUAUAUUGUAUUGAUUCGACUGUUAUUUUGCCUAAAAAACAGUCUUGAAAAAUUGGAUCAACGUUUGUCUUAGCAACAAGUAUGAGGAACAUUUUCCGUUUUUCACACAUACUUUAUGAAAGAAUUUUAAGAAACCAUACUUGGUAUAUAAUAAAUACAUAAUUACGUAACAUAAAUACAGUCAAAUAUACUUUAUAAUCUCGAACAGUCUUUGCCAGUGUAGGUGGUGGCAAUAAGAAAUAAGAAAGUUCUGGAUUGAUUGGGAUACAACUACCUGAAAAUAGCAAGGAGAACUUCGACGUUUCGGGCCACCACAGUAUAUACAUUAUACUGUAUUUGCGUACACUAUGGCGUAAUAUCCGAAAUUUUGAUGAACAUUUGGAGAAGGCAAAUUUAGAACCAGAGGAACAUCAAAGUUAAACGCACGGCUUGUUUCGUUUUCACUGGCUCCAAAUAACCUGAUCAAGAAAAGUACAAACAGAUUCAUGCAUGAUCGAUGUUCAGAUUAACCACCAUUUUUCGUAGCAGCUGUAACAUGUUGGAGAUAACAUUAAUUAAGCAUUGCCUAAUGAGUUAAUGAUAAAAUAAGUGCUGUAGUCAGGGUCAGUAACAAUUGUAUCAUAUGAAUAACACAUGGCUAAAACUAUUAUCGCUUUGUAUGUGUCUGCCAUCAAUUGUUGACAACGUUCAACUGAUAAUGUUGACGUCACCGCCCUUUUUAAUAUGUUUGCAUACAAUGCGCACGCGUGGGGAUAAAUCAAAACCAGGAGUCAUUGUUGUUCCUUUAAUGCCUUUAAUGUUCCCCCGUUCGCCCACUUCUUGGAAACAUUUUUGCGGAAACAAAAUUCGCUUCCCAGCGAGCAAAAAAAACUUCUCGGCAAAUUCAGAAACAUAUCUUGUUUUCAAAGUGUGAUUUUUGUUUCGAAAACGCUGCUUCCACCUUCGUGAAACAUGAUUAGGAAACAAUGUUUUUUGUAGUUAUACAUGUUAUGGACACAAUCCUAGUUUCCCCUAUAGUGACGCUGUUUUCAUAGUUGCGCGGAUUAUGAAUCCACAUGGGUUUUUCAAAUUGUUAAACAGGCAAUACCCGGAUACGUCAAAUGUCUGAAUAUUAUCAGCAGAUCUUAUUCCUAUCUUAUUCUCAUAAUAAAUUUGCGCCAUUUGUCAUUGCUUAGCUAAUUAGCUGCGAUAGCAAUCAUUGGUCUCAUUGACUUCCUCCGCAGGCGAAGGAGGGUUUGUCUAGAAAGUAGAUCUGUCUGUAGACACGUGCCCAUAUGAGAGGGGAAGGUACAGUAGAUGACAAAUUAAUAUUUAAACAGCUUUCUUGGUCGUCAUUUGAAAAUGCAUUCAACUUUCACCAUAACGAAAUCCUUGGGAAACUAAGGACUUUCUUGCAGGAACGUGAUAUCUUGGGCAUAUUUCCCAAACAUUGUUCCAACAUUGUUUUCUGAAGGUAGGCAAAACAAGGCAAUGAAAAACCAGUGGGUACACCAUGAAAUAAUGUUCCCUUGAACUGUCUGUGCCAGUAAUAUGAACAAGCUUUCGUUGAUAGGGAUGCAACUACCUGAAAAAUAUAAGGAGAAUCUCGACGUUUCGAGCGAAGGCUCUUCAUCUGGAGUUACCGAAGGUGCGCAAACCUGAAAACAUUAAUUGUUUCCUUCUUCCUAGAUGAAAAAUACUCCGAAUAUUAACAUCUUGUAACCUCAACAUUCGAGCUAUUGAUAACAAAAAUACCUUAAAUACCUUGAAUUUUGUUAUCUUGUUUAAAUAGCUCAAAUCCUCGGAGUGUGUUCUAUCUGAGUGUGUUUUAUCUUAUAUUUCGCGAACAUUUCUGCUGGUAAAGCAUAUUGUUUCUAGCAUAUAGCCAAGUUUUAUGAAGGUGGAUAAACCAGGAAACAAUGUUUCCUAGCCAUGGUUCCCGAAGGUAAACGAGCAAACCAGGAAACAUUAACCGUUUCCGCAACAAAAUCAACAUGGAAAACAAAAUGUCUUCAAAGGUAUUUUAAACAAAUGGAAAAACAAACAAAGAAACCUCCAAAUUUACGAUUUUUUCGGCAACAACACUUCCUUGCUUGCCAACUGAGGAAUUUGCGAAGCAUUUAUACUCCGAGGAAGCAAAGCGUUUUCCCGCCGCAACAGUUUCAGAUUUCAAGCAAAUAUCAGAUAUUUUAAAUGUUUCCGGAUGAGUGUGUUCGAGUUUAUUUAAGGCUUAUAAUAACUUCCUAUCAUGUUCAUUAGUUACCCUUGUUGAAAGAGGUUCAUAAUUUCGUGGAUGGCGAGUGCCCACCUAGCGCCAAUGUUCUGAACGUGAAUGGUGUAGAUGGGAAAUGUCAAAAUGAAUGCAGCAGUGAUAUAGAUUGUACUGAAGAUUACAGGUGCUGUCAAGAUGGAUGCUCGUUUAAGUGCAUGGAGCCGUGGUUUCCAAACAGAGGUUUGUAAUGACAUAUGCAUAUUUUUGGAAUGUUUGGAAUGUGUUCUGGAUACAUUUUCUCAGAAUUCAAAUAGAGUCUGAAACUGUCCGGCAUGAAUGGAAAAUGGCGAAAAAUGUUUCCUUUCAUCAAAAUGAAUGUUUUGGAGAUGGCCAGAGCAUAUUUGGAAACUGUCGAGAUUGUGCCGAAGUAUAUGUUUUUGGUCGGUCGGCUAGAAGAGUAGCCCUCACGUGUCGUCACUUCAGUUAUAUCUUUCCAUCUUUUGUAUCCGUCUUCUUCUAUUACCUUUCAUGGAAUUUCUAUGUCCUUUUCAAAGAGUUCUUUUCCUCUCUUCAGUACAUCUGUCUGCGUGCAGUAUUCUAAUCUCAGUUCUUCCGAGUACUAGUUUCUUCCCUAACUACUUAUUAGAUAUCCAUUUUCUAGUUAUUAAUGGUUAACUGAUUUUAGAAAUUUAACUCUCUAAAAUUCAAGAUUCGUAUUGGUUAAUGUUCACACUAAAUCGUCCCAAGUGGUCCGAAGGUUUCUGCUCCAUAUAUCAACUUCGGACUUAUCACCAAUAUUUAGUUUUAACAGGACAGUUAGAACGACCUUCUUAAUAUUAACCUUUCUCUAAACAUACCAGCAUGUGAAGUAUUUAACCAGGCAGUAUCAGCCCCAUUCUCAAAACAUUUGAGUCGUUGUCCAUCGGCCGGAAAUGGGUUGGUUGGGGAAUUAAUUAUGUUUUAUUGUUUCUUGUAGUUGUAGAUUGGGCAAAAUCAUCUUCAUUGAACCAAAUAUCAGGUAAGGUAAUUUAUUGUUCUGUCAGUUGAAUACAUAAGUUAUCUAUUACUUAUUAUCUAUGUAACGAUAGUUUACUUGACAGUAUUUUAGCAGUAAUGAUCAUGUUUAAAAUAUACCAAAUUACAGAUGGUUCUGAAUCACCAGAUCAGAGAAAUGGACCUUGGAAAUCGAGAGGUAAAGAGACAAUUUCAUCAAGAGCUUUAAGAUUUCUCAUAAAAUCUCGAUUUGUGUACCAACAAAUUUGUUUCAUUUUUCAGGAGAGCCGUGCAGUACAAGUGUUUUAGAUGGACUACAACCGCUACGUUGCCCCACAAACUACGCGUGUCAAAUCAUCAUGGAUGGAGACAUACAGUUGCAUAUUCCCAACAGAGGCGAAUGCAUGAAAAUAAACGACAAAAGUAUGACCUCACUGCAUACGAACAAGGGCUUUCUCCAGGGACAGACACAAAAAGGACAGCCCUUUCUCCAAUAAAUUCUAAAAGCAUUGAGUGAUAAGAUAUAUGAUGACAGCUGAUUAAAUUUGUAACUUAGCUUCAAUUUGACCCGCACAGUACCGACAAGGCAUUGAACAGUUUAGAACUGAUAUAAUUAUCCCACUAGAAAUAGAUGUUAUUAUGGAUCCGAGCUGGCCCAGUUAACUUAUCACGGCUUUGAUAAACAUCCUAAAUGAGAUUUCAAAGUUGAAUUAGCUUAGUUCGAUUCCAGUAACAGUUUAUGUUCAUUCAAUAGCCUGACCCAUAUGAACAGCCCCUUACUUUCCUCCUGUAGUAGUUUUGCACUAAUGAAAGGACGACUCUUACUAAAAAAAAAUUAGAGUUUAGAAUUACUAGGGAGAACAGUUCAGUACUGAUAGAUAUCCAGUAAGGUUAUUCCAAUUUGGUUUGUAAAAGAUCGACAGUACUGAAUUUCAUCUUACAGAACCUGAAAGCGGAAUAAUGGAGAACGCAAACCAUCCAGAUUUUUCAAUAAUCGAUACAGGUCAGUGAACGGAUUCGUCAAGGAAUGUAGCUCAGCAUACCGGAACGACAGAAUUGAUUAAAUGAUUUACUCUUUCCUUUCAGUUUGCUCACACAAAGGUGAAACAUAUAAACACAAGGAGAAAUUCCGCAAAGAUUGCAACAUAUGGUAGGAAUUGAGAGCACGAACUGACGGAACUAUUAACGUUAAGAAAGAGCCACCAUUAAUGGACUAUUAACCAAUCAGAUGCGUAGUAAGCCAAUUAGAGAUAGUGGUACCUCAGUCUCUAUUAUCUGCUUUAAGCUACAGAGUUCAACUGUUUACUCUUCUUCUGAUGCAUGCGAGGGAGUAGAUGAGUUAUGAAAUUUUGAGUAUAUGGACCGUCGUCUAAUAUAAACAUUCGUAACUCAUUCACUUUCAUCAAAAGAAGAAAAUGGCAAUAGAAAUCGUAGCCAAAAUUGCAAGUGUAAAAGGGGCUUAAGAAACACGUCUCUGUCUUGUCUAGUGUGUGUCACAAUGGUGUGGUAUUCUGCGACAACCAACCUUGUCCGCUCCAAAUCGGUAUCCCGGCAGCCAUUUCAAACUACGAAGAACAAACACAGACAUCCCGUUCCCAAUUCAUUAGCAUAGAUAGCGAUGAGGGGGAUACAGAGGACGAGUCACGAUCGAGCGGGUCCGGCGAGGGUGGGGAGGCACGCGAAGAAACUCAGAAGGACAAUACGGAGUUGACCAAUCUCGAGAAUGUAGAAGAGUUCAGUAACGAUGACGAUGAGAGAGAGGGGGAUGUGGAAAGCAAAGAUGAUGAGGAAGAAAAGCAGAGCGAGGAUCGUAGUGGUGAUGGUGAGAGUGUGCCAAGAUUAGAAGUUAAUAGCGGUGAUGGCGACGAAGCCUAUUGGUCAAAGGUAAAGAUCUAUUUACAACACACAACGUUUGCCUAAAACUGUCGCAUGCAACCUGCUUACAACUUGAGUUGUACUGUGUAAAUCAAGCUCGCAACAUGAUUUUGUAUCAGAUAUACAAACUCCUUCACGGUCAUGAUUUCUUGUGUGUUUUCUUCAUAAAUUGUUGACGAGUUUCACAAGGAGAUAUUGAGUCUCUAAGUGCCCUCUCGUUUUCGUUUUUGUGUCAGUCGCCCGAUUGAAAUGGCUCAAUUUAAAUCCGUCUAGAGACGAACCAUCAGUCAUCUUGGACGAGAAGACUUGCGCAAGGAAAGAUACAAUUCUUCCAUGUAUAAUUCCCGCAAGUUCGCCUGAAUAACCAAAUUACGUAGAUCAUUUUUAGUGUCCGUAUUUAAUAUAAAAAUGAAUGUUUGAGAUGUUUUGGAAAGUUUAUUUAUUUGCCUCUAAUUCAGGUAAAUAGUGGAGACAAUGAUGAUGGUAGCGGUGACGACGACCAAACACAACAACGCGAGGUAAAUAAUGGGAAGAAUUCCACUACCAAAGUAAUUGACUUUAGCGGGAAGUCGGGACCCGUGGAACUGGAAACGGAAGCUCCCGAGAGAGCGGAACCUACUACAACAACAACAACUAUUGGCGAACCAGGAAUCACUUCCACUUUGACACAGAAAACGUCCACUUUGUCACUGAAACUUUCAACAUUGACAAGGGAAUUUCCAACGGUGACAUCUAAAACUUUGGCAACGGAAAUUUCAACUUUGUCUGCCGGAGUCGAACACAAUGAAACAACUACUAAAUCUUCAAGAUUACAGAAGAUAAAGCCGACUGAAGAUAUUAUCAGACUAGAAGAGAGCGAUUACGAAUCAAGUGGAAUAUCUUGGGAGAAUUAUUCUGGUGAUGAUAAGGAAGGUUCUAGUGGAAACAGCGGAGAAUAUGGUUCAAGUGAUCGUAAGUAAUUCAUCCUUAAUUAGUCAUUAUUACCUCCGCCAGGAGGCUGUAUUUUUAUCCGCGUUGGUAUGUGUGUACGUGUUUGUCUGUGAGCAAGAUAACUUAAACAUAUCAAACGUAUUAAUACAAAAAUUCUUGGAACUAAUGGACACGGCCCAAGGACAAAUUGAUUAAGGGACUGGUCAUAAUUUAGCAGGAGGGGUGGGGAGGUGGAAACAGUGGGGGGUCACAUAUUUUUUAGCCAGGAAAAAGGGGGUUCAUAAAAUAUUAGACAGUUUAUGAAGGCGGGGAGGGAGUCUGCUGUUUUAGUUCAAUCAAUUGUUUUAUACAUGUCUUCUCACAUUUUGUUCUUCUCACAUAAGAGAGGGGGGGGGGGGCAUUAUUUUUCCGGGUUAUGGAAAAGCAGGGUCACAAAAUAUCAUUCCUUAAAAUUUUGAAUUACACCUCCCCACCCUCCUGAUAAAUUAUGACCAGUCCCUAAAUUUUGGUUAAAUUUGGAUGGGAAUUGGAUGGGAAAUUAGCAACUGAUUGUCUAAUUGCUUUGUCAGACAGAGUUGGAAAUCUAUCAGAGAAUGGAAUGAAACCGGAUACUAAUGGCGGUACUUGGACAAUUCUUCUUUCACCACUAUUUUCCCCCAUAAUAUAGUGAUUAUAGUCCAUUGUGUUAAUUAUUUAUGUCUUUAUACAAUAAGCGCAAACAGCAGUGGGUGGGGGAAUUUACAUGACGAAAACAUUUUCUAUUUUUCUUCAUACCCAGUGAUGGUUCCUAUCUGACAAUUUCUUAACACACCAAACCACAAAGUUAACUUUGUUUUCGGUUUCAUGAUUCUAACAAAAGUUCCAACCAGAGUUGAGCGACCAAUCAAAUUGCGUGAAAAGCAUUAUCCACCUCCCAAGUAUAUGCUAAAUUGGUUACCUUAUUAUAGGAAAUUAACGAUGCACUUUAUUAACGCGACAUAAAUUAACGUGUCAUCUAAUUAACGCGAAUUGCUUUCAGGUACUUCUAAAACUGAUUAAAUUAACGCGAAUCUGACAGUUUAGGUUAACAAGUUAAUUUAACUAACGCGAGUCGAAGAAUCUAAACAAAACAGCAAAAGUAUAAUAUUAUAUACUACCAAUUAAAACAGUACGCGAGUAGAUAUGUCAAGACUGUAACGUUAAAGGUUACAGUCAUUUAAGCCAAUGUAUAUAAAUAUAUAGUUCAGCUUAAGAUUCUGACAGUGACAGUGAAAAGGUGGACUGAUGUUUUUGUUUUGAGGUUAAUAUGAUGUAUUUUGAGUUAAAGGAGUUCGUGUUAUAUAAAACAAAUCAAGGUCUUUUUAAUUAACGAUAACUAAAAUUUGCAUGCUUGAAAUUAACGAUAACAUAAAUUAACAUUAAUUAAAUUAACGCAAAUUUUUAAAAUCCGCGUUAAUAAAGUGCAUCGCUAAUUUCCCAUAAUAAGGUAUCCUGUAAGUUCGUCUGAAUAGCUUGUCUUGUGUUUACACUCUUUACACUCUUUAGUAUUCUUAACUCUUUAUACAAUGAUCAAUUCUACAAUAAGGUAUUUUAUGCAUGCAUAAUAAUAAUAAAAUGUAUAAUUACACUGGCUUGUUUUGUUUGUUUCAGUGGAGGAACGUAGCACUGAAGAAACACAAUCUCCUGAACCUGUUUCUCCAGAUACGAUUGUCUUAGAAAAGUACAUCAGAGGAGUCAAUCAGGAUGCGGAAUUUGGCUUUGAAACAGAUGACUCAAGAACUGAUGUUGUCAAUGAUCGUUCCCUGAACCAAGAGACAGAAGCGGGGUCUGGGGACGAGGAAUCGGCUUCAGGAAGCAUUGUGGGUAACAAUGAUGCAAGAAAGCAUAAACAAAGGAGUAAGACUUUGACAUUGGAAUAUUUAGCAACUACAGAUGACGAAAAUUGAGUAUUUUAGUUAGUAGAGAGUAGAAUAUUAUUGUAUUUGGAAUUGUAAAAUAUAUACCCGUUGUUUUUAUGUCGAAUAUUUAGAAAUAUUUAAAUUCAUUCACAAGCCUGAGGGACAAUUAGUCCGUAAACUAUAUAUAUCUAAUGCUUCUGUACGAUACUAUAUAUGCCAAGACGUUUUUGCAGUAGCACACUACACCGUACACCGUUCUAUCGCAUUCCCCUUAAAGAAUGUUCUUAAAGCCUGCCGCACAUGAAAGAAACUUGCUGAGCUAACCGACUCGGCUAGCUCAGCUAUGCAUUUUCACCGCACACGUUGGAAAACUGCUCAACAACAACAUAAUUGGUAUCGAAGGAACUAGAUUCUGUUCCGAAAUAUCACUUACUCGAACCGUCCUGACCGCGUAGCUCAGUUGGAAGAGCAUUGGGCUAGUAUUCCAAAGGUCGUAGGUUCGAAUCCCACCGUGGCCGGGCAUAUUUUUCAAGCUCGCCCGGUGUGGAUAUACACUCAGAGUAACACCACAAGUAUCAUAUUCACCUGAGUACACUACACCAACACAGAAAAAAAACUCACAUAAUUGACAAAAUCGUUUUGUUCAACGUCACAUGAAGAAACUAUGGUUUCUCAUUGGCUAAUUGAUUCAAGCAGCUCAGCACUAAGCUCGCAAUAUCCGCAGACGUUGAGAUUUUUCCUCGCGAGGUGAAAAAUAUCAAACACAAUAGAUAUUUUCCUCAAGGCCUCGAGAAGUCAAAUCCUCACGAAAAUUAUGUGCACACGAGAGAAACUUGCUGAGCUACAAUCCUGGCAAAAAUUAUCGUGGACAGCGCGUGCGUCAAACAAAAAUAGAUAUAUUUCUACAUAAUUAAUCCGCCAGAAAAUUUCUCCCCCUCCUACCCCCAACUCAAUGUUGGUAAAUGAAACUUUUAAAAUUUGAAUGCGAGAAACAACAUUGAAUAGGGGGCAGGGGGUGACAAAUUUCACGAAAGAACGUCUCAAUGUUAAUAUUGGCGUUAGGAAAGUUAGGUGUCCACAUAAUUUUUGCCAGGAUUGUAGCUGCCACGCGAGGCGGUUAGCUCAGCAAGUUUUUCUCGUGGGCAGCAGGCUUAACCUUUUUGAAACAUCGAACAUUAUACUUUUCAUGUAAUUGUAUCUCUCUUACCCAAAAUGAUUUGCCAAUAUAAUGCAUAAAGUCAUUUAUGUCAUUCACUUUAUUCGUACAUAGCAUCCUCAAAUUAUAAAUAUGUCUUUAGUUUUUCUUUCGUCUCUUCUAUUGGCACAGUGAUUAUGGACAAUUGUAAAUGGUACUAGUUUUGAAAAUCCCUAAGCUAAAACAGCCAUAGUAUAGCGGCAAUACAAGAUUAAAACAAUCAGACAUUUUAUAAAUAUUUUCAUGCUGGAUGCCUACAGUAUACUACAGUAUAUCUUUAAAUACCAUAUAAUUCCAUGUGCUACGCACCUCCUGUCCAAGUAGCCUCAGGUUAAAUUUUACUCCUUGUUAAACCAAACUCACGAAUAAAGUUGCUCAACUGAUCUUCUAACCAGCGCGCUUUGUUCCUGGAAAU